CCCCACGUGUUUGACUUCUCCAGCCUCACACAUGGAAGCGGAUGAAAACAUGAAUUUACUUUAAGUUUAUUAAUAUCCUACCGUUUCCCCAUAAACAUGCUUUUUGCAAAGGAACUACCAUGGAGGCGACUCGAGGGCAUGUCGUUUGGUUUAUACUCUUCAGAUGAAAUAAGGCUAUUGAGUAUAAAAACCAUCACGAAUCCCCAGAUUCUGGACAACGUUGGCAACCCUGCUUGUAAUGGCCUGUAUGAUCUAGCACUCGGGCCCUCUGAUAACAAAGAAGUGUGCUCAACCUGUAUGCAGGACUAUAAUAACUGCCCUGGCCACUUUGGACACGUUGAAUUACCUUUGCCUGUCUUCAACCCUCUAUUUUUUGAUAAACUCUACCUGCUCAUCAGAGGAUCCUGUUUAGUUUGUCACACCCUCAGCUGUCCUAGGUCUGCCAUUCAUCUCUUGCUUGGCCAGCUGAAUCUGCUGAAUGUUGGUGCACUGAAAGAAGUCUAUGAGCUAGAGAAUGUUCUCAAUCAGUUUUUGGAAAUCAAUCGUCAAGCUACUGGUAUCGAGAUUCAAGAGGUCCUAGAGGAAUUCUGUGCCCCGAUUCUACGAGCAGAAAAGAAUCAAACGGCGCAUCACACUCCAAUUAAGCAUGUGUGUGAAAAGAAAGGCAGCCUCAUCACAAAUUUCUGGAGAGUUCACAUGACCCCAAAGCGAUGCCCGAACUGCAAGGCACCCAAAGCUGUAGUGAGGAGAGAGCACAACAGCAAGCUCAUCAUCACAAGUGCUCGAUCCAAGAAGAUGGAAGAAGAAGAAGUGGAUGCCCAGGUUUCCAAGCGGGGAUACCUUACGCCCAGUUUGGCCAAGGAGCAUAUCAUAAAUCUUUGGGAAAAGGAAGGGUUUUUCCUGAAGCACCUGUUCUCUGGGCUGGAUUCUGAAGGCUCACAAAAUGUCUUCAAACCAGAUCUGUUCUUCCUUGACAUUCUCCUGGUUCCACCGAGCAGGUACCGGCCUAUCAACCGUAUGGGAGACCAGAUGUUCACCAACGGUCAGACAGUAAACAUGCAGGCUGUGAUGAAGGACAAUGUCCUGAUUCAGAAGCUACUGGCUCUCAUCGCCACGGAGAAGGUAAAGGCGAUCGAAGACACUGAGAUCGAGACGGAGAUGGAGAAGGAGACAAGUCAGAUAGACCGGACAUUUCUGACCGGCCUGCCUGGUCAGACCCUCACAGACAAGCUGUACAACGUCUGGAUCCGGCUGCAGAGCCACGUCAACAUCGUGUUUGACAGUGACAUGGAUAAGAUGAUGACUGAGAAGUUUCCUGGCGUUAGGCAGCUUCUGGAGAAGAAGGACGGUCUGUUUAGGAAGCACAUGAUGGGGAAGCGAGUGGACUUUGCUGCUCGUUCUGUCAUCUGCCCAGACAUGUACAUCGACACCAGUGAGAUCGGCAUCCCAAUGGUGUUUGCCACCAAGCUGACGUACCCGCAGCCAGUGACGCCGUGGAACGUGAAGGAGCUUCGGCAGGCGGUGCUCAACGGGCCCAGCGUGCACCCGGGCGCCGCCAUGGUGAUCAACGAGGACGGCUCGCGCACCAUCCUGAGCAGCACCAGCCUGACCCAGCGCGAGGCCAUCGCCAAGCAGCUGCUCACGCCCAGCACCGGAACACAGCGCAUCCCCAUGAAGAUCGUGAACCGGCACAUAAAGAACGGCGACGUCCUGCUCCUGAACCGGCAGCCCACUCUCCACAGGCCGUCCAUCCAGGCCCACACGGCCCGCAUCCUGCCCGGCGAGAAGGUCCUGCGGCUGCACUACGCCAACUGCAAGGCCUACAACGCAGACUUCGACGGCGACGAGAUGAACGCCCACUUCCCUCAGAGCGAGCUGAGCAGGGCGGAGGCCUACACGCUCGUCAGCACGGACCAGCAGUACCUCGUCCCCAAGGACGGAAAGCCUCUGGCCGGCCUGAUCCAGGACCACAUGGUGUCCGGCACCAGCAUGACCAUCCGAGGCUGCUUCUUCACCAGGGACCAGUACACAGAGCUGGUCUACAGGGGCCUCACCGACAAAGUGGGCCGAGUCAAACUGCUCCACCCGGCCAUCCUCAAACCAUGUCCCUUGUGGUCCGGCAAGCAGGUUGUGUCCACCCUUCUCUUGAACGUCAUCCCUGAGAACCACGUCGCCUUGAAUUUGACUGGCAGAGCCAAGAUCCCCAGCAAGUCCUGGAUCAAAAUGGCUCCCCGUCCUGUGCCUGGAUACCAGCCUGACAUCAUGUGUGACUCUCGGGUGGUCAUCCGCCAGGGGGAGCUGUUGGUCGGGGUUCUGGACAAGGCUCACUACGGCAGCUCGGCCUACGGGCUGGUACACUGCUGCUACGAGCUGUACGGCGGACAGACCAGCGGGAAACUGCUGACCUGCCUGGCGCGCCUCUUCACCGCCUACUUACAGCUGUACCGCGGCUUCACCAUGGGAGUGGAGGAUAUUCUAGUGAAGCCUGCCGCCAACGUAGAGAGAACAAAGAUCAUCGAAGAGUCUGUUACAUGCGGAGCCAAGGCUCUGAAAGCCGCCUUCAGCCUCCCUGCCAGUGCGGCAGAGGCGGAGGGCCGGGACCACUGGCAGAAUGCCCACCUAAACCCAGACCAGAGAGACUUCAACAUGGUGGACCUCAAGUUCAAGGAAGAGGUCAACCAAGUCAACAACAACAUUAAUAAGGUGUGCAUGCCUAUGGGUCUCCAUAGGUCUUUCCCUGAGAACAACCUGCAGCUGAUGGUGCAGUCUGGGGCUAAGGGCUCCACUGUCAACACCAUGCAGAUCUCCUGCCUGCUGGGUCAGAUUGAGUUAGAGGGCAGACGUCCACCUCUGAUGCCCUCUGGGAAAUCCCUGCCCUGUUUCCAGCCUUAUGACAGCGCUCCCCGCUCAGGCGGCUUUGUGUCCGGAAGGUUCUUGACCGGGAUUAAGCCACCGGAGUUCUUCUUCCAUUGCAUGGCUGGCCGUGAAGGUCUUGUGGACACAGCUGUGAAGACCAGUCGAUCAGGCUAUCUGCAAAGAUGUGUGAUCAAGCACCUGGAGGGCCUGGUGGUCCAGUACGACCUGACCGUGAGGGACAGUGACGGCAGCGUGGUGCAGUUCCUCUAUGGGGAGGAUGGCCUGGACAUCCCCAAGACCCAGUUCCUCCUACCGCGCCAAUUCCCCUUCAUCAAGGACAACUACGAGGUCAUCAGGAAGUCCAAGUGCCUGGAUGAAGUCCUGUCCAAGAUGGACUCCAGCGUCUCAGCCAAUCACCAGAAGGCCAUCAAGAGGUGGAGGGCCAAGCGAGAGAACGUAUGCCCCCGAAACGGAGCCUUCCUGCUCUUCACGCAGAAGAAGCUGGCCAAGACGAAGGCCCACACUCAAGAUGCUGCCAUGACCAACGGCCGAGAGGAGGCCUCUCUGCAGCUGGUUGAGCGGUGGGCCGGUUUGGACGAGUCCAACCGGAUGAAGUAUCUGAAGAAGACGUCUCGUUGCCCCGACCCCUGCAUAGCUGUGCACCGACCAGACAUCUCCUUCGGCUCUGUGUCCGAGACCUUCGACUCUAUCUUGGAGUCCUACCUCAGCGAGUUUGAGAAUAGUCCCAACCCCAACGUUGCCAAGGACCUGGAUGCCGACAGGCUGAGGGAGCUGCUGCAGCUGAAGUGGCAGCGGGCGCUGUGUGACCCCGGGGAGGCUGUGGGGCUCCUGGCCGCCCAGAGCAUCGGGGAGCCGUCCACCCAGAUGACCCUGAACACCUUCCACUUCGCCGGUAGAGGAGAGAUGAACGUCACCCUCGGUAUCCCCAGGUUGCGUGAGAUCCUGAUGAUUGCCAGCUCCAAAAUCAAGACUCCCAUGAUGAGUAUCCCUGUCCUGAACACCAAGAAAGCCCUGAAGAAGGUUAAAGUCCUCAAGAAGAAGCUCAAUAGAGUGUGUUUGGCUGAGGUCCUUCACAAGGUGGAUGUGGUGGAGACGCUGCGGUUCGACGGCAAAAAGGCCCAGGACAAGAACAGAGUGUUCAACGUGGCUUUCCACUUCCUGCCACCAGAGCGCUACCAGCAGGACAAGAUGCUCACCCCGCAGCAGAUCCUGCGCUACAUGGAGAGCAGGUUCUUCAGAAUACUGCUGGAAGCGAUCAAGAAGAUGAGCAUCAAGCUGGCCUCCCUCACCGCUGUGGACACACGCAAGGCCACGCGGAGGGACGAGGACCAGCACGGAGAGGCGGCCGGGCCUGCUGAGCAGGCCGAUGGAGAGGCAAACGCAGAGGAAGAGAUGAGGAUCGUCGACGACGAGGCAGAUGAAGGAGACGCUGACGCCUCCGAUGCCAAGAGGAGAGGGAAACAGGAGGAGGAGGUGGAUUAUGACAGUGAGGAGGGCGGUGGUGAGGAGGAGGAGGAAGUGGCAGAAGGAGAGCCGGUGGAAGAAGAGACCCGAGAAGAGGAGUCCCAGGAGGCUCCGGCCCCCGACAGCGCGCCGCUCCCCGACAAGCUGGAAGAGACGGAGAGCCAGGACGAGAUGAGGGUGAACGCUGUGCUGGCCAUUGGCAGCAGCAUCGAGAGCUACAAAUACGACAGCGUUAAUGGACUCUGGUGUGAGGCCACCAUCAUUCUCCCAGUCUCUAAUGUGCACUUUGACCUGACGUCACUCAUAGUGACUCAAGCUCAGAAUGCCGUCAUCGUGGAAACGAAAGGGAUCACGCGCUGCCUUCUGAAUGAGGUCACCAAAAAGGAUGGUUCCAAAGAGACCAUCCUCAACUCAGAGGGCAUAAAUAUGCAUGAGAUCUUUAAACAUGGCGAUAUUCUUGAUUUGAAUAGGCUGUACUCUAACGAAGUCCAUACCAUGGCCAACACAUAUGGCAUUGAAGUGGCCCUGCGGGUUAUUGAAAAGGAAAUCAAAGACGUGUUUGCCGUGUAUGGUAUUGAAGUGGACCCUAGACACUUGUCUCUAGUGGCUGACUACAUGUGCUUUGAAGGUGUUUACAAACCUCUGAACCGAUUUGGCAUCAGAUCAAACUCCUCUCCCCUACAACAGAUGACCUUUGAAACGAGCUACAAGUUCCUCAAGGACGCCACUAUGCUGGGCUUGCAUGACCAGCUGCGAUCUCCCUCUGCUUGCAUCGUGGUCGGGAAAGUUGUCAAAGGAGGAACAGGGCUUUUUGAUUUGAAGCAACCAUUGCAGUAGUGUUUCGUGCCAUGAUCAAUGAGCUUUGCAAACAAUAGAACGUUUUGAAGAGGAUUGAUCUGCAAUGAGCACACCGAUACUGAUGCACAGAAUGUCAGAACAUAUUUGUCUUAUUUGUUCAAUGUCUGUUUCAAUUAUGUUUAUGUAUUAUGACAUUUUUGUGAAAUAAAUAUAUUUUCAGCUGUCUGAA